UAGAUGACUCAACAUAUCAAACUGCUUUUCUAUUCACAUUACAUGAGUUUUUUGUUUUUCAACUGAUUUAAGUUCUCUUGGGUUGAAGAUUCAUUUUGCUUUGGUAAACGUUUGUGUUUCCUCUCUCUAGUCAUCAGGGUGACUAUAACUUGUUUGUUCGGUCCGACAUCAUUACAAAGCAGAAAUAUGUCUUAUUGCAAAACGGAAACAGAUGAAAGUGGGACUUCUUCUAGUUGUGACCUUGAUGCCUGCUUCUGGCUACCCCCUGAACCAGAACAUUGUUAUGAUGAUAUGGAAUUUCAUGAGGCUAAUUAUGAAGACGACGAUGGAAGCCACAAGUUUAAAGAGGAAAAACAAAAGUUAUUAGGGGAUAUGAUGGACCAGAGGCUUAAGCCCCUUGUUGAUGACCUGCUUAAUUCUUCUGGUGUCGUCUCUUCAGGGAAAGAGGGUGACAAUUGGAUUGACAUAGUAAUUUCCUUGUCCAUGGAGGCUGCUUCAUUUUUUAUGCCUACUGCAGCUGAAGGAAAUGCUAUGGAUCCUAGUCGAUAUUUGAAGAUAAAAUGUAUUGCAACCGGUUCUCGCAGCCAAAGCCACUUUAUCCGAGGUUUGGUCUUCAAUAAGCAUGCUGCUCACAAACGCAUGCCUACGAAGUAUAAUAAUCCUAGAUUGCUGCUGAUCCAGGGUGCACUUGGUCUCUCUUCAAAUGAAUUGUCAGUUUUUGAGUCACUUCGACAGGAGAACAAUAAAGUGAAGUCUAUCAUUGACAUGAUAGAAAGCUACGAACCAAAUGUGGUUUUAGUAGAGAAGUCUGUUUCUCGUGACUUACAAGAGUAUGCUCUUAAUAAAGGAUUGACAUUGGUCGUUGAUAUCAAGCCACAUCGACUGGAGAGAGUUGCUCAAUGCACAGGUUCAUCAAUCAUAUCUUCUGAAACAUUGGUUGACCUCAGGCAGUGCGAUUCCUUUCAUUUUGAGAAAUUCCUAGAAGAACAUGACUCUUCUGGUGAUACCGUGAAAAGGUCUAGCAAAACACUUAUGUUUAUCAGGGGCUGUUCUACUUGUCGUGGAUGUACAAUUUUGUUAAUGGGAACUAACAGCAAUGAAUUGAAGAAAGUUAAAUAUGUCGUACGGCGUGCAGUCACCAUGGCAUAUAAUUUAAUCCUUGAGACGUCUUUCCUUCUAGAUCAAAAAGCAAUGAUAAUAAGGGAUAACUUAGAGGAAGGUGGUGAGUCUCUUUUGUUUAAGCCAAACAAUCCAGAAGAUGACGGUCAAAAUGAUGUUCAAGUUUCUGACAAAGAGAAGACACCUGAAAAGGAUCAACUACAUUGUCCAUUACAGAGUGCAGAAGAGUCUUUGGAAAAUCUUGAAGACGAAGAACAUAAUACGGAUGUCAUGACAUCAUCGUUGGAUUCGGAGAGUACUUUGGUAAUGAUGUCAAGAUGGAAUGCUAAAAGAGGCACUAAUUGUGUGAACAAUGUUUUUUCUAGAAUCAGGUUCUAUCAAGAUUAUGAUAUUUCCCUUGGGAAGUUUUUGCGAGAUAAUCUGCUAAAUCAGAGGAACCAAUGUGGGACGUGUGGUGAAUCCCCUGAAGUUCACAUUUUCCGUUAUGCACAUCAUGAGAAAAUACUCACUAUUAAAGUUCAUUCUCUUCCAUUAAACAAGGCUCCCUCAGGUGAAAGGGAAGGUAAAAUUUGGAUGUGGAGUCGUAAUGGGGCUCAAAAAACACAAAAAAGAGUUUUAAUGUCUAGUGGCUCCCUUGGAUUUUCAUUUGGAAGAUUUUUGCAGCUCAGUUUCUCCGACUCCUCUUUGUUUAGUAGACUGCCUGACCGCAGUCACUCCUUCAACAGCGAUUUCCUCUACUUCUUCGGAUUAGGGUCAAUGGUUGCAGUGUUCAAGUACUCAACAUUUAUUAUUUAUUCUGUGUUGCUUCCUCCUCCGAUUUUUGAGUUUAGCAGUUCGACCAAAGGAGAGUUUUGUAGGAAGGAUUUUGAGGAUGUUUACACGAAUGGGAUUAUGAAGUUUCUCGAUGUACAGAAAGCUUUAAAGGCAAUAGAGCCCCGUUUUAAUGGAACAACUAUAAAUAUUCAAGGGUCAAAUUUCGAAUUUUCUGAAGUUGAGAAAAUGCUGAAGGAAGAGAGAUCUCAAUUUGAGAUUGAUAUUAAAAACACAGAGAAACUGGAGUCUGUGUAUAAAGCUCUGAGCUUGAACAGAAUACAGCUGGAGCUUCUGCUUGAGUUGUGUGUGUGGGAUCGACGUCUUCAUUCCCUGAUGUCAUCUGACUAUAAGCAGGAUGCACUGGCCGCUAUACUAGAUGCUAAUGCUACAGGUGCCAGUUAUUUUAAUCCUCAAAGGAGUAGAUCCCUCUUAGCAAUAUUAUCCAAUAUAGAGCAUAACAAAGGGUGGUGGACUCCUUUCCCUGCAAUUCGACGUGAAUACAUGGAGAAUCUUCAGAGAGGUUACUUAACAAGAUUAGGUUCUGUCGCAACCUAUGGUGCACAAACUAUAGCUUGUGGACUUACUACUGAUGAAGUUGGAAAGCUCUAUAUUCCCCUUGGAAGUGAUAAGUAUAUCGUGUCUGAUUAUGAAGAUGAAUUUUCUAGCAUAAUUGCUUGUGCUUUGGCCUUGCUGAUGGAUUUGCCUGUCGUGAGUCAUGAUCUUGAAGAUGAAUCAUGCUCAUCGAGUUUGCCUAGAACGCACAAAUACUCAGUGAUCUGUCCCUAUGCUCGUCAAUUUCUUCAUUUGCGUGAUCGUUGUUUCCCAUCUGAAGUUGAUUUUAUUGCUUCUUUAAGUAGGUGUAGGAGCCGGUAUCCAAAAGGUCGGAAAACUAAUUCUUUUUUUGCCAAAACUCUUGAUGAUCGCUUCAUCGUAAAGGAAAUUAAGAGGAAUGAAUUCGAGUCAUUCUUGAAGUUUGCUCCUUGUUAUUUUGAAUACAUGGAUCAGUGCAUAGAGAAGGGAAGUCAAACCUGCCUUGCAAAAAUUCUUGGCAUUUAUCAGGUCAUAAUAAGAUCAAGUGGGAAAGAGAAAACGCAUGAUCUCGUGGUGAUGGAGAACCUUUCGUUUGGAAAAAAUAUUACUCGACAAUAUGAACUGAAAGGUACGUUGCAUGCUCGACUUAGUUCAGCAAACGACGGUGCAGGAGGAAUUUUUCAGGACCAAAACUUUGUGAAUGACAUGAAUAUUUACCCCAUAUAUGUUGGUAAAAGCUCAAACAGGAAUUUGCAAAGAGCUGUAUGGAAUGACACAGCUUUCCUCGGUACAAUCAAUGCGAUGGACUAUUCUCUGUUUGUGGGAAUGAAUACUGAGGGCAAUGAACUUGUUUGUGGGAUCAUUGACUAUCUAAGACAGUAUACAUGGGACGUACAUUCCUCAUUUCCGAGUCCCCAGGAGUAUAAAAAGAGAUUUAAGAAGUUUAUCAAUGAACAUUUUCCCACUGUUCCGGACCAAUCUUGAAUCGAAGAUCCUCAAAUUGUUGUGGUAAUUCAGUUCAUUCGAAAGCUAAAGAUGAGCCUGAACAUGAAGAGUUAUUCAAUGGCGUUUGCAGUGGAAGUUCUUGUUUUGAUUUUGAUUUGUGAGAAUUGAUUUUGAGGUUCUUUUUCUUCUUUUUGUGAAAAGAGUAUGUGCAUGUUUGAGUUGAGUUUUGGAAGAACAUUUGAAUGUUGUUAGAAUCAAAUGAAAUUGAAUUUUGAAGACUAAAAACAAAGUACA